AUGGUCUUUGUUCAAGUAUCACCACGAUUACGAUUCCCCUCCAAAUUCCCAAAAUUGUCCUUUUCGGUUAAGCAAUUCGAGGCCAAUCAUGUGACAGGAGCCGACUUGUACUUUGUUGCCUCAGGCAUCCAAUUUGGACACGCCAACCAAACGCGCGCUUCAGGUGCCUGGAGAGCUCAAGCUCCAGAUGGUUGCCAGACAAUUGGAUUCAAACCAUCUCACCAUUCCAUCACCAGCACAGUCGUUCCGAAUACAUUCUCAACUUCGAUAGGAACGGGUUACGAUCUUACCAAUUCGGUGUUCUCGCCCGAUGGCAGAAACUUUCAAGUCGAAUAUGCAGUCAAAGCGGUUGAGAAUGGAGGAACCUCGAUCGGAAUCCGGUGUAAAGAUGGUGUUGUGCUUGCUGUUGAGAAGGUCAUCUCAAGCAAAUUAUUAAAGGCUGGAGCGAAUAAGCGCAUCGCAACUGUAGACAGACACAUUGGCGCAGUAUCUUCUGGUCUUGUGCCUGACGGACGACAUUUCGUAUCCCGCGCACGAGAUGAAGCAUCCAGCUGGCGGUCAACAUACAAAACACCCAUCACUGUUAAAGAUCUUGCCAGCCGUAUGGGUGGAUAUCUACAAGCGUAUACACUAUACUCCUCCGUACGACCCUUCGGUAUUACCGGAAUCGUAGCCGGCUGGGAUUCUGAACUCGAACUACCAGUCGAUGGGCAGGUUGGCAGCGGGCCUAAGAUUGGAUCAGGUGGCAAGGUCGAGGGUAAGAAAUAUGGCGGACCAGGACUUUUCAUGAUCGAGCCAAGUGGACAGUAUUGGGGAUACUACGGUGCCGCGACGGGAAAGGGACGACAAACUGCCAAAGCAGAAUUGGAGAAGCUAGACUUGGCAGCCGGAAAGCUCAGCCUUCAAGAUGGCGUGAAGGAAGCUGCGAGAAUCAUCUACGUUGCGCAUGCCGACAAUAAAGACAAGGAAUUCGAGUUGGAGAUGACCUGGAUCAGCAGCUUAGAUGGCCCCACCAAGGGAAGACAUGAGGAAGUUCCAAAGGAUAUUCUGGAGGAGGCUGAGAAACUAGCGAAGAAACAUCUAGAUGACGAUGAUGAUGAAGAGGAGACGAAAGAGGACGAUAAAAUGGAGGAAUAG